CACAAACAGAGUGAGAUAGAAGAAAGGAGGGUGGGGAAGAGGGAGAGAAAGAAAGAAAGAAAGAAAGAAAGAAAGAAAGAGGGAAGAAAGAAAGGAGGCAGUGUCAGUUUGUUCCAAGGUAAACUUUAUUAAAGGCGACUGUCUGUAAUAUAAAGACAUUUUAAGAAUAAUAUACACACUGAAGAGUAGGCUAAACUUUCCUACAAUUCCAUUGCGGUUUUUAUUAAGUAGCCUAACAGCAAAACUAACUGGUGGGAGCAAGGUACCAAUCACGGCUAAGUCUGCCCCUCCCUAACCCUCUCCCCUGAGGCCUGAGCUCUGGGCAUCCAAGCCCACACCCCCAUUUCACUUCGCUGGUGGACAGACACAGGGAUGAGCAACAGUGGGACCAAGGAGCCAUCACCACAGCCAGGUGUGGCCCAAUCACCUGUCUCCACACCUCCACGCAGGGGCCGGGGACGCCCACGGAAACAACAGCAGGAGCCCACUGGCCCCCCAACACCAAAGAGACCCAGAGGACGACCCAGAGGAAGCAAGAACAAGGGGCCUCGUGCCACACCCAAGAAAGUAGAGCCAGUUGGGGAGAGAAGACCUCGGGGCCGGCCAAGGAAAUGGCCCCAGAAAGCAGUUCAAGAGGUAAUCCAGGAACAGCAGAGUCCUUCAGAAGAAACUGAGGGCCCCUCACAGUCACAGUCUCUGCCCGCUGAGGCUUCGCCGUCUCAGGCUCCAGCCCAGGAAGUGGAAGAGGGGGAAUAGACAGUGUGCCACAAAACUACCUCAAGGUUUGGGCAGAGACAAAGAGGUGUACAAUCCAACCUCCAUUGUCAUGAGGAUUCCAAAAAAAAAAAAAAAAGAUAAUAGCCCUGCUUUGUAGAACAGUAGGCCUGAUGGUGGUAUUGUGAUUGGAGUCUGUCCAGCACUGAGGCUGGGUCAAUGAUGGACAUAGCUUUGGUCAGUUGAUUGAUUACUUAGGAUUCGGGUCAGUGGGUGGGGCUGUUCAGAGAUUGGUGUGUGUGUGUGUGUGUGUGUGUGUGUGUGUGUGUGUGUGUGUGUGUGUGUGUGUGUGUGUGUGCGUGUGCGUGUGCGUUUGUGAUGUUAAUGGUGGUGGCAUGGUGGGGAGGGGUUUUUAAAAAAAAGGAUGCAGCUGCUGUCAUCAAAUUUGACUGACAUUUCAAAACACAUUACCGGGACAAGAUUCGUGACCCAUUUGAGCCCUUUGUCACACAGGAGCUCGACUCAAACGUCAUUGUCUGUCCUGAUUGUGAAGAAACACGGCGAUAUUUUGUUAGGUAUACGUUGGAAUGGGAAUACAUGAACAUGAACAGAAUUAAGUCUGAACUCAACAGUGACAUGACAUCACACGUCAGGUUUUGUUUUUACUACAUUGCUCUAACCAAGCUCAUUAAAACCUUAGGGGGACAUAUUUGCGAACAUUUAGAACAAGUUUUUGUUUAAGUUUAAGCAUCUGCCAAUUGAAAUUGUUGACAUAGUUGGAUAUGAUCAAAUGCUAUAUAUGAUCAAAUGCUACACGUUAGCUGUUCCCAUUAAAUAAUCCUGGCACAUUUAGCCCUAUGCUAACCUCACCAGGUGGCAGUGAUUCUUUCCUGUAACAAAUUCUGCAUCUGCCUAUCAAAGAUCCUAAACUUUUUCUACACAAACCAAUGGCAUUUCUUAAAAUAGGUGAACUUGCCCAGAGGGAUAUAUUUAAACCUCCAAAUUCAAGGUUUACUUUUGUUCCACUUCACUUGGUCUCAAGUGUAGAGUGACAAUAUUGCAUGAUCAUCGCAUCCUUGAGUAGGCUACUCACUAACGUUACGUUACGACAAAGCUUGUUAUCACAUAUAUAACAAAAUUGUAUGUUUUUGCUUAUCCGUUCCACAUACAUCCACGUGCUUUUACAGAUAAAAUGUAAAGGAGGUCUGUGCAACAUUUAAGUUGAUUGGACAUCGUAAAAAAAAAAAACUAAAGAACUUUGAAAAUACAUAAAGUGCCACAGUAUGAUGUGUUCUGCAAUACGCAUUAUACUGAGACACUUCCUGUAUUUUAAAAGUUCUAUAUCUUGAAAACUUGACUGCUGACAUCAACAGUGGUCUAAAGAAAUACCAAAAGAUAGUUUUUGAGUUGAAUUUUCCUUUAAUAAUACAUAUAUAAUGUUGUACAUAUAAGUGCAGCCUACAUAAGAAAAUAAGUGGGGUUUUUGGUCUAACGGUAAUCUUAUACUAUGAUAUUAUAUUCUGUAUUUUAGGCCUAUGCAAAAUACAAAUGAAUUAUUAAGUGUCUUGCGAGAUUCAGCUUUGAUCCAAACUUUAUUAAACAAGCACCGUUCCUGGAAGUGGUGGAGCGCCGUUCCGGCAAUGGCAGCACUGAACCCCUGUGUAGCAGUUGCCUAUGUGUCGGUCUGCAAGAGGGACUCCAAAAAGUUCCUCAUUAAAGAUAUUUGUCAUCUUAAUUUACAAGGUUCUGGCUGCACUUCCCUUCGCAACACACUAUCACAAUAAAUGUAAUUCUACAUUUCAAAGGAAAAAACAUUAUCUCACCUGGGAUUCAAACUUGCCGCAAACGGCAAAUGGUACCAGGAGCCAGGCUGGCUACACUGUGAGCUGAUUGUCCACCUGAAGUUGCUUGUGUGUUUUCGUAACUUUGAAUAGCAGAUCCUGCCAUUUGACUUCUGUUAAGGACGUUUCCAUGGACAAGUGUUGGAUCAUGUCCAAAUACGUAUUUUAAUUAGCUGAUACGGAAUUUGAACCAGAUAUAAAUAUACAUACAUACAGCCAUCUGGUGAGCUAUACAGCCACCUGGUGAGCUUAGCAUGUGCCAGGUUAUGUAAUGGGAACAGCUAACAUGUAGCCUUUGAUCACGUACAACUACAUCAACGAUUUUAAUUGGCUGAUGCUUAAACUAAAACUUAAACUUGUUCUAAUGUUCACAAGUAUGGCCCCCAGGGAUUUGUUUGCCUUAAUAUAGCUAUGCACAUAGCUAUUCAGGUGCGAUUCAUGUGUCAUUCUACUCAGUUAUGAUAUUAUUCCAUUUUUAUUGUGUAUCUCUGAUCUGUUUUUGACAUUCACAAUAUUACUUGACACACAUAAACCUCAUUAAGACCUUAACUCACCUCAGUUCCUUUGCCUUUCAGUCUACCUCAGUCACAGAAAAGCAGAGGAGAACUCUUUAUAGCCUCUCCCCAUACCAAAAAAACAAACAAAGACACACACACACACACACACCUACUCAGGACAAUCCCAUACACACUGUACCCACUAGCCUCACACUCUCACUUCCACUUCCAUGCUGACUGACUCUUUAAGCGGGUCCCAGCAGCAGCCUUUAGUGGUAAUGCUCUGAUUAAAUAUCUGAGAUCAGACUCGGGGCUAGAUUCUAUCAGAUCCGUGCUACAUUCACAUAGCGGUUGUUUUGGAGGUGGAACUGCGUUAGAGCUGUCAAAUCCACAAGCGGCUGCUUGAGUUACCUUAUCGCGGACACUGCCAUUGGAUGCAACGAAACCACACCCGACUUUAUAUCCAACACAUCUAUCAUGGAUCAUUUCUAUCAUGGAUAGAGCCUACACUUUCUAUCGCCGUUUUGGACUAACGCGGUAGGGAUAAUAAGGAAGGAAGGGAGGGGUUGGUGACACACAUGAUUAGUUAGCUCAUACCGCAGUAAUACCGGACCUCCAACACUGCCAAAACAUCCCCGAUGCGGAUGUCGGCCAACGUGGGUUAACACUCGAUCUGAUAGACCAAGGCCUCGAUUCAAUCUACCUGGGUUCAAAAUGACCCAAUAUUUUACUGUUUACUGUAGUUGGUUACUUACUCCUUACUUUUUUUAAAUUGUUUUAUCACAACCUCUGUGAGCCCUUACAUUUUUCUCUCGCUUCACUUUUUACGUAAGAUACAAUGUGAUCAUUAUUUCAUUUCAAACUUUCACACUACAGAUGUGUUGCAUUAACAAUCCUAACAUUAGUUGAACUGAUGUCAAUGAAGUGUGAGACAAGAAAUAGUGAGUUAACACUUUGUUUUGGAUCUUACUGUAAUGUGUUUCUGGAGUGCGUGGACUUAUCCAUGUGCAAUCUUUUUCUAGGGAAAGUUCAAGCGUUUAGUUUUCUGUCAGUUGCAAGUUAGUAUGUCUUUGAGUCUUUUCCAACCUAGACUUUUUCUCUUGUUACUUCACCUCUUUGGAUGGCAUCACUGUUUGCGCUGUGGACUACCUCUGAAACUAGUCUGCUUUGGCCCUCAGUGGGGUGACUGGCUGGUUUUAGCUUUGCUUGUCCCCUGCAAUCUUACCAUAGCUAUGGAACAACUAUAUCAGAGGUCCACUCAUCUCACUUUGUUCGUAACAGCAUACUGUGUACAGAUGUAGGAUCUUAAUUUGAUCACAUUUUUGUUGCUGAGAAAUGCAAACUUGUAGUAUAUUUGAGAUUUAAAAAGGCUUCUAAGUUUGUGAUUUCCGCUUUGGAAUUUCAGACAUGAUUUGCCCUAAUAAAAAAUGUAUCAACCCUUAACAAAAAUGUUAAUGAAUUAUAAACCACAUAAUAAUUCACAUUUCCUGUUGCUGCAGGAUUAUGUUUCUGCUGUAGCAAACUGGGUCAAAUUAAGAUCCUACAUCUGUAGGUAAAUAAACCCAAAGUACUGUACUAUGAUGUCAGUAAGAGUGCCUCCUAACCUAACCACAGUCAUACCUCAGCAAUGUCAGGAUAGCCACUAUCUCUAUUAUAAUCACAGUGUUGCUCUAAAUGAGCUGACUGAUAUUGAUAUAUUCAGUAUAAAUAUUUUAGGAGUUUAUUUCAUGUACUUGUUGUUUUGCUUUAUGUAUGAGGGUUUUUAAAUAUUGAAUAGAGUAGUUAGGUUCUCUUAUCUUGUAACAUCUCCAGUUUUAAUCUUUUUUUGUGUUUUUGCGAUCGAUGAAUGAAAAGUCUCCCUUUUCAUUUUAGUCUUUCAUAUAUUGUUUGAUUUAUUUUUGAUUUCAAUCCAUUUGAACUUGAAUACACAACUCAAAAGGCUGUUUUCUAAUUUGCCUCUGAUCUGUCUCGCUUCAAUGUGUGUUUGCACGAGUAUAGAGGUGCUACUUGGUCUUUCUGUUACCAAUAAAAGGUUCACAUAUG